CUAAAAUAGAUGACCUACGUGGAAUUUCUUUCACAUGUAAAUACGACUUUUCAACAAAUCUUGAUGGGCGCUGCCUGUUUUCUCAGCCAAAAAUCUCUGCAGUCUGCGUUAGCAAAUAUAUGAAUGAACGUAAUUUUUGAGUACGAAAGUAAAGUGGUAAAAUCCGGUAUAACAUUCAGUUUAUAUCCUACUUGGACGUGAAUAAAAUUGCGUGCUGUUUGCUGUGACCUUUGCGGGCGUCUCAAGAUCAAUUCAAGUGAAUGGCUUAUUUGUACUUGACUGUGACCCACCCACCACUCGAUCAUCACUAGCAGACUAGUUGGAAGACAACCAGCUCGACCACGUGGAUACAAACAAUAUGUCAAGUUAUCCUAACCCAUAUGCAAACGCAGCCGGUAAUACGAAAAGUCCAUUCUGUUCGACGCCUUACUACAAGUACCCAACUUCAUUAACCGACAGUCUGAGCUACCCUCAUCCAACGACUCCAACAACGUUAGCAAACGCCGCCAAACAAACAACUUUACCGAAGUGUUAUUCUGACAGUUUCAGUUCUUCUCGUGAACCAAUCCACACAUACUCCGACAAACAGACACCAUCGUCGACAUCAUACUGCGAGAAUAUCGGUUUCCCUCUUGAGCCAUCCACCCAUACCUACUCCGACAAACAGACAACUUCAUCGAGGUCUUACUGUGAAAACAUCAGUUCGUCAUAUCGAUACCAACACCAAGAAGAAGAAGAACUAACAGAAGGUAUCUACGAUAAAGAAAACCAGCGUAUAACAAAGGUUCCGGAUGAAAUAUGGAUGAAUCCCAAGUACAGACAAGUCGAGACAGUAUUGCUGAACCAAAACUAUUUGACAACGUUCCCAACCAACAUGAAAGUACUGACACAAGUAAAGCAUUUGUAUUUGGCGCGAAAUUUGUUCACUGAGCUGCCGAUAGUUGUCCUGAAAUUCACAUCUCUGAAAGUACUGAACCUGGAGAACAAUAAACUGACCCAUUUACCUGCAAAUAUGUCAAUGUUACAGUCACUGACCGAAUUAAAUGUGUCCUACAAUCAACUUUCUGCUUUGCCAGAAUCGUUACGUAACUGUGAACAGUUGGUAAUUUUACGUGCCAGCAACAAUAACAUUGAACAAUUCCCGCACCAGUUAUGCACUUGGAAACUGCGAAAACUGGUUUUGCAAAACAAUCAACUUAAGGUACCACCACAGAAUAUAUGUCAAAAAGAAAACUGCCUCAGCGAUGUACAAAGAUACUACUCACAGAAUGAAAAACAACAACGAUCUUUGCAAGAUUUGUCAAAUUUAAAAGUGGAUGAGCAUCAGUCGGACGCCAAGGGAUCGGACCAUGAACGGCAUCGGGUAGACCUUGAUGGGGAUCCAAAGCUACAGCAAGAUGUUGACGCGUUCCCGUUUGAGGACCCACCUACAGAAGAAGUCCAGCCACAAAGGCCUGAAGUCCAAGCACAUCAGCGUGAGCUGAAUACAGCGACCAUGCAGGAUGUAACUAACCCACCCACCAGAACUAAAAGAAGCACAAGUCAAGGUGAUAGUUAUGUUAUGAACCGUCGACCACGUGGUGAAGCAAUAAUCAUCAAUAAUGUGAAAUUUAUGGAACCAGGUCGUGAAAGGAAAGGAUCAGAUGUUGAUGCAGAACGGCUGUAUCAUCUGUUCACGAACCUACAUUUUCGCGUUCACGAAUAUACAAACUUAGGAGCAGAGGAAAUGACAUUGGUGUUGAAGGCAUUCAGUAAAGAAAGCCACAAGAGGUUUGACUGUCUGGUUGUUUGUAUUCUAUCCCAUGGCGCACUGGGUAAAGUCUAUGGUAUAGAUAACCGGGAUGUCGAGAUAAAAGAGCUGACCAAACUGUUCACAUCGCCAUGGUGUCCAACUUUGGCGGGGAAACCUAAACUGUUUUUCAUUCAAGCGUGUCAGGGAACGACUAACAUGACCGGUGUCGAGACAGAUGGUGACGAUGAAAUCAGAUCUUUGAUCCCGAGCGAGGCUGACUUCCUAUUAGGCUAUAGUACCGUACCUGGAUAUGUAUCCUACCGUGACGAAAACAACGGCAGCUUUUAUAUCAGCAAACUGGUUGACGUCAUGGAACAGUAUAGUGACGAGGAACAUUUACUGGACAUGAUGACGAGAGUUAACGAGGCUGUAUCAAAUAUGGUGGUCGAUAUGAUUUAUACUACAGUUCCUGCCCCCACCUAUACUCUUCGUAGCAAAGUAUGGUUUAAAUAAUGCAUGAUAUGUCAAAGUAUGUACAACAUUGUCAAAGGUAGUGGAACACCACUGUGACAGAAAAUACGGAAGUUUCUGGAUGAGAAGGAGACUAGUCCACUAUGAUUUCCCUAAUUAUAACUGUGAUAUUCAUUCCUAUUAUUGAUUCAAUAUUAUUUAAUUGUGAUUCAGUUCGUUCCUGAAUUUCAAAUAUGCUAUUGUGUUUUAUUCAAUUAAAUCGUCUUUAUUACAUGUUUAGCGCAAGGUGAACUAUCACAAAUCACGAUAGCAGGCGUCAUUUUAAGGAUUUCCACUCCCUACUCAUAGCUCAUAACUCUAUGAACCAAUCAGAAUCAAGACUGCUACAAUUUGUUACGGGUCUGAUCUUACCAUAGCUGUGGAUACGUGUUUUAACGUGCGAGUACAUGUACAAGUCUGACUUUCAAAAAUUCACAAAAACUGAAUAUAUUGUUGACCCAACCACGAUCAAGUAUACACCAUAUCACUCGUAAUUCACACCCCGCAAACGUCGGAAC